GGACCGCAGGACUCGGGGACGGCGGUGUGACCCCCGAGAGCCUCCCGUGUGCGAGGCAGCGCUGGGCAGCGCUGGGUGCCUGCAGUGCCGGGAGGAGGCUGCGGGCGCCGCUGCUGACCGAGAGGAGCGAGAGGAGAUGGGAGCGCUGCCGGCAGCCCCGCCCGCUGCGGAGCUCGCUCGGUCGCUCUCGCGGUCUGUCUCUGCGGCGGACGGCCUGCGAUCAUCCCCGCCGGGAGGAACUGUGCAGCGGAGAGAUAGAGUGGCCGGCAGCAGCGGCUGUGAGAGGCGAGCCGGAGAGUGAGCGGGAAUUGGAGCAGGAUCGACAUUAGCGCGGCGGAGAUGUGCGCGGCGGGGAGGCGCUGGGGCCGGCGGCAGCGAGCUCUGCUCUGGGCCGUCCUGCUGGCGGCGUGGGAGGCGGCGUGGGGGCAGCUGCGCUACUCGGUGCCCGAGGAGAUGCCCAAGGGCUCCUUCGUGGGCGACGUGGCCAACGACCUGGGGCUGCAGCUGCCGGAGAUCCGAGACCGCGGCGCCCGCAUUGUUUCCGAAGGUAGGACGCAGUAUUUUGCUCUGCACGGGAAGACGGGACAUUUAGUGACGGCGGAGAGGAUCGACAGAGAGCAGCUGUGCGAGAGUGUGCAGCAAUGCGUGCUGCGCUGUGAGCUGAUCGUGGAGGGAGAGAUGCAAGUGUACGGAAUCCAAGUGGAGAUCACGGACAUUAACGACAACGAGCCGAGCUUUCGAGUAGCGGAAAAAGAAUUGAGAGUGAGCGAGACGACAGCCCCGGGGUCGCGGUUUCCCCUGCCUGAUGCUCAUGAUCCGGACUCGGGCCGGAAUUCCCUGCAGAGCUACGAGCUGAGCGGUGACGAGCACUUCUCGCUGGCCGUGCAGGCGGGCCCCGGCGGCGAUCAGCGUCCCGAGCUGGUGCUGGCCAAGGCGCUGGACCGGGAGGAGGCGGCGUUUCACGAGCUGGUGCUGAGGGCGAGCGACGGCGGCGAUCCGGCACGGACGGGCACGGCUCGGAUCCGUGUGACGGUGGUGGACGUGAACGACAACGCGCCCGUGUUCAGCCAGGCGGAGUACACGGUGCGUGUGCCCGAGGACGUGCCCGUGGGCUCUGUCCUCGUCACCGUCACGGCCACGGACGCCGAUGAGGGGCUGUACGGGCUCGUGAAAUACUCGAUUGAGAAAAUGUCAGAGAAAGCAUCGCAGAUUUUCCAACUGGACGGCGACACGGGAGCUAUCAGCCUGUUACAGAGCCUGGAUUUCGAGGAGGACGAUUCUUACGAACUAGGGGUGCAGGCACAUGACGGGGGCGGCCUUUUUCACACGACAAAAGUCGUGGUCACUGUGACAGACGUCAACGACAAUGCGCCCGAGAUUUCAGUGCGGUCAGCACUGAGCGAGAUCUCUGAGGAUGCUCCAUCGGGAACUGUUAUUGCCCUGCUGCACGUGAGGGACAAGGACUCGGGGGCCAACGGCGCCGUGCGCUGCUCACUCGAAAAGGACGUCCCGUUCCGGCUGGAGAAGUCCUUUGAUGAUUACUACCGCGUGGUGACAGCGAGAGAGCUGGACCGAGAGCAGGUGUCGGAGUACAAGGUGACGGUGCGGGCGGCGGACGGCGGGUCGCCGGCGCUGCAGAGCAGCGCGGUGCUGGCGCUGCGGGUGCUGGACGUGAACGACAACGCGCCGGUGUUCGCGGAGGAGCGCUACAGCGCGCGGCUGGCGGAGAACAACGCGGCGGGCGCGCUGGUGCUGAGGGUGCUUGCGACGGACGCGGACGCGGGGCAGAACGCGCGCGUGCGGUACCGGCUGCGGGAGGGGCGGGUGCGGGGCGCGCCGCUGUCGUCGUACGUGUCGGUGCAGGCGGAGACGGGCGCGCUGUACGCGCUGCGCUCCCUGGACUACGAGCAGGUGCGCGAGCUGCAGCUGUGGGUGGUUGCGGAGGACGGCGGCGCGCCGGCGCUGAGCGGCAACGCGUCGGUGCGGCUGCUGAUCGCGGAUGAGAACGACAACGCGCCGCGGGUGCUGUACCCGCCGGCGGGCGCGGGCUCGGGCGGCGCGUGGUCGGGCGUGGAGCUGGCGCCGCGCGGGUCGGAGGCCGGCGCGCUGGUGGCCAAGGUGGUGGCGGUGGACGCGGACGCGGGGCAGAACGCGUGGCUGUCGUACGAGCUGGCCAAGGCCACGGAGCCGGGGCUGUUCCGCGUGGGGCUGCACAGCGGCGAGGUGCGCACGGCGCGCUCGCCGCUGGCCCGCGACGCGGCGCGCCACAGCCUGGUGGUGGUGGUGAAGGACCACGGGCGGCCGGCGCUGUCGGCCACGGCCACGCUCAGCGUGCUGCUGGCCGACAGCGUGGCCGAGCUGCUGGCCGAGCUGGGCGGCGCGGCCGAGGCGGCGGCGCCGGGCGAGCCGGCCGGCGGCCUGACGCGCUGGCUCGUGCUGGCCGUGGCCGCCGUCUCCUGCCUCUUCCUCGCCUUCCUGCUGCUGCUGCUGGCGCUGCGCCUGCGGCGCUGGCGCCGCCGCCAGCUGCUGCCGCCCGCCGCCGCCGCCGCCUUGCGCGGCGUGCCCGUCUCGCACUUCGCGGGCAUCGACGGCGUGCGCGCCUUCCUGCACUCCUACUCGCACGACGUGUCGCUCACGGCCGACUCGCGCAAGAGCCACCUGCGCUUCUCCCGCGACAGCUGCUGCGACACCCUCCCGGCGCGGCCGCUGCCCGACGAGCCCAAGCCGCUGCUCGGCGACGAGGAUUCUGCCGGCCUUUGUCCCCAGGACCCCGCCUCACUCCCGGUGAGUUACACGCGCCGGAAGCUAAAAUUUCGUUCGGCGACGCUGUCGUUCGUCUCACCACGGGGUGAUGGACGUAUAAGCCAGUUUUGGAGGAGAUAG